CUCUGGUGGCAGAUUUCCCGCGAAGACUGUAGCAUGCUUGCAUGUUGUCGAGAGUGGGCUAACCUGCAUUAUGCAAGAUCUUCUUAACGUAUAUCCUCGAAAUAGCUAUUAGAGAAUAUACGCAAAAUGGCGAAACAGAGUUCACUUUUCAACUUUUUUACUAAAUCACCGCCUGCUGCUAAAAGUAAGCCAAGUCCAUCACCUGUCGAGGCUGAUUUGCCUUCCUCGGUGCAGAAGUCUAACACAUCUCCAAAAGAGGAGGCCAAACAAGCAGCAAAAUCCGGCAAAAAGACGCCGGCAAAGCCCAAGGCAACCUCAACAAAAGCAGGCUUAAAUAACUUGUUCGGGAAAACAACUCCUUCAAAUGUUGUUCGAGAAAGUCCAUCAUGCACCUUCAGUGCCGGUGGUCUGGUGUGGACAAAGCUGGAAGGGCACCCCUGGUGGCCCUGUAUGGUGGUGCCCCAGCCUUUAAGCGGCCAACAGAUGCGGGGCAAGGGCCGAGACCAGCGCCUCCAUGUCCACUUCUUUGAUGAGCCCCCAACCCGAGGCUGGGUCAGCACCAAAUAUGUGCGAGAAUAUCAAGGUUCAAACAGCACUGAGGCUAAAUCAGGAGGCUUGUUCUUCAGUGGGAAGCCUGUGAUUCGGCGCGCCAUGGAGCUGGCAGACGCUGCCAUGGCCAAAAGUACAGAGGAGAGACUGAAGAUGCCACUGUGCACAGAUCCAUCUGAUGAUGAGGAAGAUGAGGAAGAUGAGAUGGAGGUUGACAACUCCACCGUGAGUGAUGAGGCGGAGUCUGAGGAAGAGGAGGUGAAGUCCGGGCGACGCUUAUCCCGGAUGGCCACUGAGAAAGGCCAGAAGUCCAAACGGCGCCGCAUCGUGGUGGCAUCCGACAGCGAAGACUCUGGUGACGAGUUCAAGCCCGACAAGGCGGAAGGCAGCAGCGAAGAGGAUGAGGACGGUGCUAGCAGCGGUGAGGAAGAGGUUGAGGAGGAGGAAGAGGAGAGCGAGCCAGAGACCGAACCGGACAGCCCCGUCAAGCCCCUGAAGCGCAAACGUCCCACGGAAAAGCCCGCGAAAGCCAAGCCCAAGGCGCUGUCUCCCUCAGAACCACCCAAGAGAAACGUCUCAGCCGCCUCAUCUGCGUCGGCAGGUGCCAAGUCCAAACUCUCGGCCUUCUCAGCGCCGACCACCUUUGACAGUGAGAGCAGCGGUGCCGGAGGAAUGGAAGGCGCCGUGACCGUGUGGGACCACGAGAAGCUGGAGUGGCUGCAGGAGGGCCGCAGGAAGGACACGCGGCGGCGGCGGCAGUCCGAGGAGGACUACGACCCCACCACGCUCUACGUGCCGGACGACUUCCUGAACCGCACCACGCCGGGCAUGCGCCGCUGGUGGGAGCUCAAGUCGAAGAUGUUCGACGCCGUGCUCUUCUACAAGGUGGGCAAGUUCUACGAGCUCUACCACAUGGACGCGGUCAUCGGCGUCAACGAGCUGGGCCUCACCUUCAUGAAGGGCGCGUGGGCGCACUCGGGCUUCCCCGAGAUCGCCUUCGGCCGUUUCUCGGACGUGCUGGUGCAGAAGGGCUACAAGGUGGCCCGCGUGGAGCAGACGGAGACGCCCGACAUGAUGGAGGCGCGCUGCAAGAAAAUGGCGCGGCCCACCAAGUUCGACCGAGUGGUGCGCCGCGAGGUGUGCCGUGUGAUCACGCGCGGCACGCAGACCUACAGCGUGCUGGACGGCGAGCCGUCCGAGAGCCACAGCAAGUACCUGCUGAGCAUAAAGGAACGGGCUGAGGGCGAGGGCGGCAGCGGGCAGUCGCACACCUACGGCGUGUGCUUUGUGGACACCUCGGUGGGCCAGUUCUAUGUGGGCCAGUUCCGCGACGACCGGCACUGCUCACGCCUGCGCACACUGGCGGCCCACUACACACCGGCGCAGGUGCUCUUCGAGAAGGGCAACCCGUCGGCCGAGACGCGCAAAAUCCUCAAGGCCUCGCUGUCUUCGGCCAUCCAGGAGGGACUCAGCGCCAGCUCGCAGUUCUGGGAUGCCCAGAAAACUCUGAAAGCCCUGGCCGAGGAGAACUACUUCAAAGAGAGCGCUGAGAAGAGCGAAGACUCUGGAGGUGCCGCCCUCCCGUCCACACUGAAAAGCAUGACCUCCGAGAGCGAUUCAUUAUGCCUUACCCCUAAAGAGGGCUAUGAGCUCGCCCUCUCGGCUCUUGGAGGUUGCAUCUUCUACCUGAAGAAGUGUCUCGUGGACCACGAGCUGCUCUCCAUGGCCAACUUCGAGGAGUACGUUCCAGUGGAUGUGGAGAUGGAGAAGUCGGAGGGAUCGUCCAGCUUUUUCGCCAAGACCCGCCAGCGAAUGGUCCUAGAUGGGGUGACCUUGGCCAACCUGGAGAUUCUCCAGAAUGGAUCCACAGGUGGUCUGGAAGGUACUCUGUUGGAGCGUCUGGACACCUGUUGCACACCUUUCGGCAAAAGACUUCUGAAGCAGUGGCUGUGUGCUCCACUGUGCAACCCGUCCUCCAUCUCGGAUCGACUGGAUGCCUUGGAAGAUCUCAUCGGCGUUCCGGCCCAGGCGUCGGAGGUGACCGAUCUCCUCAAGAAGCUUCCGGAUCUUGAGAGACUCCUAAGCAAGAUUCACAGCAUCGGCAUGCCUGCGAAGGGCCAAGACCACCCCGAUAGCCGGGCCGUCAUGUACGAGGAGGUGGUCUACAGCAAGCGCAAGAUCGUUGACUUCCUCGCCGCGCUCGAAGGGUUCAAGGCCAUGCAGGAGAUCGUGGCCGUCCUGUCGGCUGUGACCGAGGGGUUCCGCUCCAAGAUGCUCCGCCAGGUGCUGGUCCUGAAGACGGACGAUGGCGAGGGACUCUUCCCGGACCUCUCCCCCGAGCUGAAGCGCUGGGACACGGCCUUCGACCACCAGAAGGCUCGCAACACCGGCGUCAUAACCCCCAAGGCCGGCUUCGAUCCGGAGUACGAUCAGGCCUUGAGUGGGGUCAAAGACUGCGAGAGGAACCUGCAAGAGUACCUGGACCGUCAGAAGAAGAGGCUCGGCUGCAAGACUCUCUCCUACUGGGGCACCGGCAGGAACCGCUACCAGAUGGAGGUCCCGGACAGCGUGUCUGAGCGGAACAUCCCGGAGGAGUACGAGGUGAGGUCCACCAAGAAGGGCUGGAAGCGCUACUCCACCAGGGAGAUCGAGCGCUGGUUCUCCGAGCUGCAGAGCUGGGAGGAGAAGAGGGACGCCGCACUCAAGGACUGCAUGAGGAGGCUCUUCUACAACUUCGACAAGAACUACAGGGACUGGCAGACGGCCGUGGAGUGCAUGUCUGUGCUCGAUGUUCUCCUGAGCUUGUCGCGGUACAGCCAGGCAGGAGACGGGCCCAUGGCCCGGCCGGAGGUGCUGCUCCCGGGGAGCGACCAGGACGCCUCCCCCUUCCUGGACCUGCGGGGGUCCCGGCACCCAUGCGUCACCAAGACCUUCUUCGGGGACGACUUCAUCCCCAACGACAUCUUCAUCGGCUGCCCGGGCGCGGAGGAGGACGAGGGUCAUUGGGCAGGGAAGGAGAGUGCAACCUGUGUGUUGGUCACUGGACCCAACAUGGGGGGCAAAUCCACACUCAUGAGACAGUGUGGGCUGAUGGUCAUCCUGGGCCAGCUGGGCUGCUACGUGCCUGCCGAGUCCCUGCGCUUCACCCCCGUGGACAGAGUCUUCACCCGCCUGGGGGCCUCUGACCGCAUCAUGGCUGGGGAGAGUACCUUCUUUGUGGAGCUGAGCGAGACAGCCAGCAUCCUCCUGCACGGCACCAGACACUCCCUCGUGCUCCUCGACGAGCUGGGUAGGGGCACAGCCACGUAUGACGGCACGGCGAUCGCCAGUGCUGUGGUGAAGGAGCUGGCCGAACGGAUCUGCUGCCGCACGCUCUUCUCCACCCACUACCACUCCCUGGUGGAGGACCGCGCCCAGGACCCCUCUGUCAGACUAGGCCACAUGGCUUGCAUGGUCGAGAAUGAGUGCGAAGACUCCAGUCAGGAGACUAUCACGUUCCUCUACAAGUUCAUCGGCGGUGCUUGUCCCAAGAGCUAUGGCUUCAAUGCUGCCAGACUGGCCAGCCUCCCAGAGGCGGUCAUCCAAUCUGGCCACAGGAAGGCCAAAGAGUUUGAGAAGAGCACGGUCACCCUCCGGCUCUUCAGGAAGCUCUGUGCGUUUGCUGAGGAUCCCUCUGCCGGCUUGGAGCAGUUCACCCCCCUAGUUGAGAUGAUUGGCAGUCUGUGAUGGAAGCAUGCUUGGUUCCUUCCACUGACCCCACCCCUCCCAUGAGUUCUGUUUCCAUACUGUUUUUCUACCCCCCCCAUGUAUCACAACAUUCACUACUGAAAUGAUCUAAUAAAGUUUAUUUUUAAAAAUGAAA